AUGGCGUGGCUCCAGGUUGUGUUCGUGGCGGUGGCCUGCGGCCUGACGGUCGGCAGCCCGAUGACCAAGGGGUACAAAUACCCAGUGCCUGACAACGGGCUGUACCUGCCGCCGCCGCCGGACAAGGGCGGCCCAGUCAACCCGGGCGGCACCAAAAACCCUCGUCCGACCCCGGCGCCGACCACGCGCCGCCCGCGGCCCACCUACCGGCCCGCGACCACGCCGCGGCCCGAGUAUAUCCCGCCCAACCUGGUGCCGGACGGCUCGGGCCCGCAAGGCGGCCGCGUGCCGUUCCCCACCACCCGGCGCCCCAUCAUCACCACCCGGCGCCCCAUCAUCACCACCCGGCGCCCUGUCAUCACCACCCGGCGCCCCAUCAUCACCACCCGGCGCCCUGUCGUCACCACUCGGCGCCCGCUGACCCGGCGACCCGCGCUCACCCUGCCGCCGGGACCGGCGCCUGGUGGAUCGAAGAUGAUGCACAUGUCUCGGCCGUACGAGUUCGGCUACGACGUCGACGACUCGAACACGGACAACGCCUUCAGCCAGAAGGAGACGAGCGACGGCAUGGUGAUCACCGGCGAGUACCGCUGGAAGAUGCCCGAUGGCCGCACCCAGAUCGUCUCCUACCUGGCCGACUGGGCCAAGGGCUACUACGCUGACAUCCGGUACGAAUAGACGACGCGGAGCACUACCGAGGCGCGGACGGCUUUCGGAGGACGGGAGCGACGGCGGCGCCCUCUGCGCCGCCGUUGGGCCGCAGCCGGGGAUCGCGGCGCGCCCUGGCGAGCAGGCGCUCCCCGGUCGUCAGGGGAAGACCAGGAGCGCCCCUCCCGUGUGGCGCAGGUCCGCGGUCGCCCGGUGUGGGCGGGAGCGUCCCUGCCCCGCCCACCGGGGCAGAAGGCGGUUCGGCACCGGCAUGUGCUGUUGGACCGCUGCGGUGACUGUGAUACCAACAGCCCGCGGCGGCGCGCAAGACCAGUGGUAUCGUUUCGCGGGGCUGCAGCGGCGGCCGAUGUUUUGUUUUAGAGCGUAAGGUUGUGAGCCGCUGUAUGGAGCGUGUGCCUGUUGAGGAGGUGAGAGAGAGAGAGCGUUGGAAGUUUGCGGGACGGUGGAAUGAAGCGGCCGAUUUCGAUAAGUGACACUCGGCGUAGAUUCGGUCCUCUAGCCGCUUUUCCUUGGAAUAAUCUGGUUGCAUUAUCUCCGAGCUGUACUGAACUCAGUAUUUUUAGAUAAGCCGUCCGGUCGCGUGUUUUUAUAGUGACUGCGAGGUGAGACUCAUCGUGGUUUUGUAUGCAUUUGUCCCUUGCUAUAAAAUAUAA